AUGCAUUACCAAUCCUCUGUCCUUGCGCUAGCCGCUCUCUUCACCACUGUGCACUCCCACGCAGCUAUUCUCGCUGCUGUCGGAGACUCUGGUGCCAGUCAAGGUUUCUUGGUCGACGCCAACAUUGCUCGCAACUGCACCAACAUCUCCCCCUGCCAACAGGAUGCCACCAUCAUCCGUGACAGCGAGAUCACCCAGAACAUUGUCAACGCCUGCGGCCGCACCGAGAUCAACGGCAACAUCGACAUUGGCGAGCAGACCGAGAACGAGCUCGCCGCCGGCCGCAUGACCCAAGUCUCCAAGGGCUCCGUCAUGAAAGUCACUAUCCACCAGGUCAACGCCGAUGGCGCUGGUCCCUUCGAGUGCGACAUGGACGAGACCAGCAACGCAGUCACCACCUUCACUCCCCUCAAGGUUACCAACAACGUCCCCGGCUCCUUCGGCCUGUCCCAGGAGAAAACAAAGCAGUUCACCAUCAACGUCGAAAUGCCAAAGGACUUCAACUGCAUCGGUGCCUCGACCGGCGACAUCUGCACUGUCCGCUGCCGCAACACUGCCGUCGCUGGCCCCUUUGGCGGCUGCUUUGCUGUCCAACAGACCGACGGCCAAGGCCGAUCUGACGACAGCGCUGCGAAAACCGCGCAGACGCUCCAAGGUAUCGAGGCGCAGAUCCUGCAGAACAAGAAGGAUCUGCCCGCGGCCAUCAUUGCGAACCAGAACGCUGGUGCGGGUGCGGCUGAGCAGGGCGCGGCUGCGAUUUCUGCGCUGAUUACGGCUACGAUCGACCCUGCUGCGGGCGCCACGCAGGCUCCGGCUGCUGGUAAUGGAAAUGGAAAGGGAAAUGCUGGCCAGGGUAACAACAACGGUGGUAAGGGUAACGGUGCUGGUGCUGGUAACGGUGCUGGUGCUGGUAACGGUGCUGGUGCUGGUAACGGUGCUGGUGCUGGUAACGGUGCUGGUAACAACGCCGGUGGUCAACAGCAAGCCGGCAACCAGCAGCAAGCCGGUAACCAACAGCAAGCCGGCAACCAGGGCGGCCGUGGCGGUGGCCGCGGAGGCCAGGCCAACGGCAACAAGUCGCGCCGCACCAAGAGGUCUAGGUUCAUCAGCACCGGACCUUUGUAG